GGGUGGCUUGCCCACUUCAGGUUGGUGGAGAGUGCCUGCCUCAAGUGGAGGAGUGAAAAGGUUACAAUGUGGUGGUUAAUUAAGAAUUUAGAAGGAUAAUUCAGAGAACUAUAAUGAUUAUAAUUAUAAUGGCUUUCUAUCUUUUCAUUGACACCUAUUCGGUCCCAAUGUUGACACAAUUGAAGACUCCAAACGCAAACACAAAGCCUAGAAUUGAGACUGAACUGCUCUCUUAUGCCUACACAAAUGAUGUGACAGAACACACAUGACUAACCACAAACCUUGUCUGCCAACUGUCCAAAUUAUUUUCUUGCCCUGAAAUAGGCUAAAGUUUGCAUAGGAGACAAAGCAGCUUCACAGGCUGAUAUUUAAGAAACUCCAACAAGGUUAAAGCAAACCCACUCAUUCAGCUGAUCAAUUUCAAAUGUGAAAUAUUACACCAACUUAUAACCUUCUUUACUGGUUAGUUAUCAGAGGGCAGCAGGCAGGCAGCAGUUAGCAUAGUGGUUAUAGCAUCUGACAAAUAAUCAAAUGGUUGCUAGAUUGAAUCUCAACCUGGCACAGGGGAAUUUUUUGUUGUUGUCCCAGAAUAUAAAACUUACCUAAAAUGUCAGUGGGAUGUCAUUGUCUGUUAAAUUCCUAAAAUGUAAAAUAUAUUUAAACUCAAAUUAGCCAACUUGGUUAGGGUUAUGAUUAGGAUUAUAGUUAGUUUUCUCAACCUUGCUCACUUGCUAACAUGUUUCAUAUUUGAGCUAUAUUUUUUAUAUUUUGAGCUAUAUUUUAGCUGCAGGAGAAUAGGCUGAUUUGCUUUAACCUGGGCAGGUUAAAGUUUCUUAAACAUCAGUCUCUGAGGCAACAUUGCCUCAGAGGGAAAUUUCAGGGCACCUUUGUUAUGUGGGCUGUAAAACUACCCUAAAAGGAAAGUUGAAAAUCUAUAUUUUAACCUCAUAGUUACAUUAUGUUUUCAAAACGAAAGUUUUGGACUAUGUUCCAGUAAUUACACAGGGCACUGUAACUAGGGACGUAACCAGACCCAGGCUAUUGGGACUUUAGCCCCCGAUGAUAUUGGCACAGCUCCAAGUCCUUUGCUGGCGGAUUUUGGCUCAGCCAUGAGACCUUUGCGCUGCUGGGAUUUACACUGCUGGAAAUCUCUCACCAAGCCCUACUGACUGAGUCUGGAAUGUUCUCAAGCCCUGGUGACACCCCUGACUUUACCACUUUACCACUCAACCAACAUUUGUGAAAUUGCACCUAUUAUACUUUAUGACUUAUUCUAUAAAAUGUUGAGAUCUUGACUGACAAGUAUGUUGCAACAAAUCUGCAAUCCAUAUCCUAGAUAAAAAAUUAUUUGCACUUGUGCAUUUGCAUUACUGUUCACAAACACGGCACACCUUUCAGUGUACAGGUUGACAUGGCCACAAAGGAGAGCGAUCGGGGUGGAUCUGAAAGAAUUUCCAGGCAGAACUCGGAAGCUGCUGGGCUGUGGGAGUCGGACUUGACUACAGUGCAGCACAGUUUGAAGUUUGUGAAGAAGCUGGAAGAGCAGUAUGUUUGUCCCACCUGCAGAGGAGUGGUUCUCAACCCACAUCAAACUGGCUGUGGACACAUCUUCUGCUACGGCUGCAUCCAAAGGCUCCUAGAAAACUCCCCAGCCACCACACCUGUCUGUCCUUUGGAUGGAUCUUUGAUCAAAUCUGAUGAGGUUUUCCAAGACAAUUGCUGCAAAAGGGAGAUUUCAAAUUUAGAAGUCUACUGCACAAACUCUCCAAACUGCUCCUGCAGAGUUAUAUUAUGUCGGUUGCAGGAGCACCUACAAGCAUGUCAGUAUGAGCCGUUGCAGUGCUCAAAUGCAGGUUGCAAUGAGGUAAUGCAACGUAAGGACCUGCAGGAGCACUUCAGAAUCAGCUGCUCCUAUCGUAUGGAACCCUGUCACUACUGUAAGGAUUCUUACAUAUACUGCCAACUGAAGGAUCAUGAAAGGCAUACAUGCCCAGAGGUUGAAAUCCAGUGCCCGAACAAAUGCUCCCAGAUGAUUAAAAGAUGCAUGCUGGAAGACCAUACUGACCAGUGCCCCGAGAUGGAGACGGACUGUGUUUUUAAGAAAUAUGGUUGCCCUGUCCGGGAGAGGAGAGCCCAAGUUCAAGUUCAUGAGGAAACUGCUCUCAAACACCACAUCCUCCUUGUUCUGGGGAGCAACAGCAAGCUGGAGACACAGAUGGAGGUCCUCCAGCAGGAAGUGCUACUGAGGCACCAGGAGCUACAGGACAGGAGCCUCCAGGUCCGUGGUUUGGAGAAGGAGGUCCGACCUCUGAUCAAACAGGUCAGCCACUGUGACAACACCCUGUCUGCAGUACAAAGGUCUCUGGUUGAGCAGAAGGACCACAUCUCCAGUGUCCGGCUUCAGCUGGAGGAGUUCUCCACUGUGUUUGGCCCGGGUGUGGCGCGGGAUGAACUGAGCCAAAUAAGAGCUUCCCUGGAUGCUCUCAGGCAGCGAGUGUCAAUCACAGAAGGACUGAAAGACCACCUAGGGGCGUUGAAUGAGACCUACAUGCGCCACACGCGCCUCCUCAGCAUCCACACAGCACAGCUGGAGCGCAACGACGAGCACUUCCGUGAGCUGGAGUCAACCUCAUAUGAUGGGAAGCUCAUCUGGAAGCUCCGUGACUACCGCAAGAGGAAGGAGGCUGGGGCCCGAGGCCAGGGGCCAUGCCUGAGCAGCGCGCCCUUCUACACCAGCCGCAAUGGUUACAAAAUAUCAGCCAGGGCCUACCCAUACGGUGACGGGGCCGGCCACGGCACACACCUGUCCCUCUAUGUGGUCCUCAUGCGGGGCGACUUUGACCCCCUCCUGCCUUGGCCGUUUAAACAACCUGUGUCUUUGUCAGUGCUGGACCAGAGUGGUGCCAAAAACCACAUGACAAUGAGUUUUAGACCCGACCCAUCCAACAGCUUCCACCAGCCCGGGUCGGCAGAUGCAACUGCGGCUACUAAUGUGGCCUCAGGUUUCCCAUGCUUUGCCUCCCAUGCCCAGUUGGAGGCGCCCAAGAACGCCAUCUAUGUGAGAGAUGAUACACUCUUUAUUAAGGUCAAAGUGGACACGUGCGGUUUAGAGGAGCUGUAGGACUGUCUUAAAGAACAUCUGGAAAACAUUUUGAAAAAGACACAAAGCUCCUUGCUGGGCAAGGACCACCAAUAGUCAAUGUCUUUAUGUGCGGUAUUCCAAAUUCGGCAGAGUAGUACGCUUUCUCCAUGCAUUUUGCCCCAGAUGGCCAAUACCUGCUUACAUUUUAUUUUAUUUAGGUGAUGUCCGAGUUGUAACUGCAUCUGAGCAUUUAAAUCAGCAAGCAGUAAACCUGUCCUGGACAUUGCUGGAGUUGCAUUAGUAACUACUAAAUUAGGUCUGAGACAACAAGUGGGUGCAAAUAAUUGCUAUGUAGAACAGAAAAGGAGCAGGAUUCAGACCUUGUAGCAUCCAAUUUGAAUUCCUCUGGUCUACAUCUCAUUUUGGUCUUGUUACGCGAUAAGGACGGAUGUAGCAACAUGACAAUCACUGCUCAUCAAUUUGGUAACUUUAAUGCAGUUAUACCUCGGACAAUCAUCAGCUAGGCAAGGCUAGAGCAUGCAGUCUCUUCUUUUUUAAUUCAAGCAACGCAUUUGAAUGAAAGUUGUUAAAUAUUAAUACAUUGUUUACAUUGUUUAAUACCUUUAAUAAAUUAACCGAAAGAAC